GUGUUUUUUUCAAUCUGACCGGAUCAUAUCAUAACCUUGGGAUCUCGACUUAACGUUAAAUCAAACAGAAAUCUACCUGCGUGCGGUUUAUGAGGUUCGGAAUUAAAUUCGAGAUGGUUUCAAUAAAAUGGAUCAUGAUUUACGGUUCGCUGGUGCCAUUCUUCGCGAUGGUCACCUUGCUUUAUAUUCUUGGAGUCGCGAGAUACGUCACCGAUUUUGAAGAGAAUACAUGCGAGAUGACAUACAUGUUCGAGUACCCGCAAUAUGUGAGAAUAUCUUUGAACAAUAAUAUAGAGGAGAAAUAUCCGCGAUUUGGGCUUUAUGCUUAUGGAGAGGGUUUUGUAACAGAAAAAUUGAGAAGAAUGCAUUUUUCUGGAAUACCAGUUCUUUUUAUACCGGGUAAUGCUGGAUCGCAUGAGCAAGUACGUUCCAUUGCUUCAGUAAGUUUAAGGAAAAGCCGAAAGACUCCCUUUCACUUUGACUUUUUCACCGUUUCGUUCAGCAAGGAUUAUUCUGCAUUAUAUGGAGGCGUGCUCAUGGAACAGACUGUAUAUGUCUCGCAUUGUAUAAAGGCAAUAUUAGCAUUGUAUAAAGAUAAAAUGGAUAGUGUUGUGCUGAUUGGUCAUUCUAUGGGUGGCGUCAUAGCAAAAGGAGCUCUUUUACUAGCUCCAAAUAUGAACACUUCAUUUGCAAGUAUGAUAAUAAACUUGGCUACACCGCAUACUCCGGCCUUGGUUCUCGAUAAUGUCUUCGCCAAUUAUUAUAAGGAAUUGGAGAAACAUUUGUACAAACUUAAGGAUGCAGGAGUGAAGGUAAUAUCUAUCGGAGGCGGACCGCGCGAUAUACUCGUUACUGCCGCGCAAACUUACGAUCGUACGGCAGAUAUAAAUGUACUUUCCACGAGUGUACCGGCUGUUUGGAAAUCUACAGACCAUUUGAGUAUUUUAUGGUGUAAACAAUUGGUGUUCGUGAUUGUACGUUCACUAUUUGAUGCUGUAGAUCACUUGAAAAAGCCGUUUAAAAUCGCGUCGAGUCCUGAUUUGAAGAUGCAGGCCUUGUCUUAUCAUUUCUUACAACAUAGUUCAGGCAAGAAGCUAUAUCAUUACAAGGAAAGAGUUCAGUUUGAAAGCAAUGGUGAAUGGAUCAAUGUUCCAUCUCAACAGUAUGUUUGGAGCAAUAAGAAUGGACCUAAAAAAUUGUCGAAUGUAUAUCUCGUGAUGGAACUAUUUCAUAAAUCCGAUUUCCUAACUAUCGAUGCGAUAAAUUUGGAAAACAAGGACUGGCUAUUUAUGUGUACAAAAUCUAAGAAACAAAAUCAAAACAAAAUUUGCGAGUGGGGUUACAAUUUGACAAAUAACACGAGAAUUUUAAUCGAUCCUUUAUAUCGGCCGAGAAGAACCGUCGAUUUAGAUCUGAAAGAAAUAAGUUAUAUGGGUAUCACGCAUAUCGUUGUAAGGAUAACUCCAGAAGAUUUCGACCACCAACUUACAGUCAGCUUCGAUUCCUAUUUUCGCAACAGUCGAGUCGAAUCUACGAAGAAUAAAUUCUUUCAUCCCAAAUAUCUCUUUGGCUUCUACGGAUCUAACUUGAUUGAAACAGUCAAGGGAAAUAUAAGAUAUUACGUGAAGCUAUCUAACAUUAUAGACGCAGUUACAAUUGAAAUGAAAUCUACGGAUUGUGUCAAGCAUUACGCUGUCGCUGAAUUGAUGGAACCAUGGAACGCAGGAUCGACCCAAUCGAGAUUCUUCACGAAUUUGGACGACGGUCCAAAAAAUAAAAUGCAAACUCUUUACGGACGUCGCAACGAAACGGCAAGUUUAAAAUUAACAUUAGAUCCAGAGUGCAGUUACGCGAUUAAUAUUCAACCCGGCGGAAUCAUCGAUAAGAUUUCGUGUAGAAUACGAGAUCGUUGGCCGUUACUUUACAUAGUGAUUAUCAGCUUACUUUUACUUCUCAUCUCUAUGAGGAUACAUAGCUCAGAUAUGCUGCCAACUAUAAUUGUUACCAUAAUACUGUCUUUUAUUUUCAAUGUUGCUUAUGAAACUUGUAUUGCUUUCUGCAUCAUCAGCAUAUCUGCCGUUGCUGUAUGCUGCUGUGUCAUAUUUCUUGGUUCCGUUGCACAUGGAAUAGCUGUCAAAUUUUUAGCACGUGCUAUAACUUUUUCAACAACAUGGUCAGAUUGGUUUUUAAACGGUUUAAAUCAGCUACCGCUUAUUACAACUCUUUUCAUACUGACCUUAAUUCCGGCAACAUGUGGAGCUCUAGCUAUGAUUAUUUCGGUAUUUCUAUAUUUCUUGAAAUUAACAAGGAUGUACGAAGAUUAUUUGGAAGAGAUAUUAAUGGCCUCGCUGCAACACUUCAAUUGGUUUAAACGGUUCAAGCUGAGGGAAGAAAGCGAAAGAAGCACCAGUCAAGAAAUAUACAAUCAUCUUAUCUUAUUCCUAUUGUGGAUUUUUGCCGCAAUCCCAGCAAUUCCAUCGGUCUUAGUUUGGGCAAAAAAUUUCAGCUACGACAUGAGACUCACUUCGGAAGACCCUGUUUUCCUAACAAGCUGGAUAAUACUAACUGCGUGUAGUACAUUGGGUGUUGUGCACAUCUAUCCUACUGACGAGGGAAUUCGCUCGCUUAUGUUAAGCAGUAUAUUACGUCUCUCGAGCUGGGUUAUUCUUUCGAUGACGGCAGCUCCGCGUCCAUUCUUUUAUCACUGGUGUAUGCCACCUAUCACAGCCGCGAUAAUAACACUCAUCACAUUAAAUUCUAUAAUUCCUAAAACAAGUAGUCUAUCUUAUUAAGAGGUAAAAUUUGCAAAAUUUAUGAUUAUGCAAUUUUUCUCAUUGUCCAUUAAUUUUUUGUAUAAAAAGAUCUGAACUGAUAGCCAUGACUAUAUAUUAUUUAUUAAAAUUUUUCUUACGUCUCGAAUAUUAGAUUGAGUAAUGUAUAAAGUGAUAUAACAAUGCUGUGGCAUACGAGUAUUAUUUUGUACAAAAGUAGUCAAAAUAUGUAAUGUAUAAUAAGACUUUAAAGCAGCUCAUUUAGCGACACUUUAAAAAUAAUCGGAUUAAUCAGAUGUUUAUAUAUUAUAAUAUAAUACAAGACCCUGUUCUUGUUGUGAUAUGUGUACGUGAUAUGUGUAGGUUUAAUAUAAAAUAAGUAUACGUAAAUUUA